AAUAUUUCCAUGUAAUAUUUAUAAAAUUCUUUAAAAUUAAAUGUUUGUUUUAGCUAUUAUCUUGUUAUCAUGCUUGAAUAAAUCAGUACACUUUUACUACAGACCGUAUGUUAAAUAGUUAUUCAAUUGCCAUAAGACUUCUCAGUAAAUACUAAUUUUUAUUAAAUCAAAACUAAUUAUACUACUUUGAUAUUAUGAGUCAAAACUUGUAAUAAUGUCGUAUAUAUAUUAUAUUUCUUGUCACAAAAUAUGAAAUAUUUGUUUCGUGAUGCAAAGUAGCGUAAUGAAAAGUAUACUAUAAACUGCCAAGUAAUAUGAAGAAUAAUUGUACCAAGUUUCUUUAAAAUCUGUCGAGUAGUUUUUGUUUCUAUAACGAACAAACAGACAAAAAUUAUACUGAUGGCAUUUUUGGCAUCAGUAUCGAUCACUAAUCACCUCCUGAUAGUUAUUUUGGAAAUAUAUUUCAUCUACAGAAUUGACCACUCUACAGAUUUAUUAUAAGUAUAGAUAAACUUCAUUAGCACACAUUGGCCACAUCCUACAUGUGAACAUACAAAAUACUUUUAAUUUAUUAAUUCCUUUUUAAUUUACUUGGAUUACAUCUAAUUAUUAGUAAAUAAAUAAAAUGUGACAAAUCGCUUUUAUGUAAGGCAUUAUUACAUUUUAAAUAAAAAAAAAAAUACAUUUUUAAAAUAAUCUAUUUUAUAGUUUAACUCAAAAUAUACAACAGUUUGUAAGAACCGGAAGUUAUUUAUCACAGACAAAUAUUUCUUUCCUCUUGUUUUGAUUGGUUAAUAGUUCGGAUGUCAGAAAUAAAAAAUUUGAUAUUUUAAAUUUCUGACAUGUCCGUUCCCUUCAUAUUUUUUUCUUGUCCGUCGAUUCAAAUAUAUUGUAGUGUUUGGGGGGGUAGUUAUAGAAAUUUCUACAAUUUUUCUCUAAGGCAGCUGAACGUGCAAAACGUGCAAUAAAAAUGAUAGACCUUUUUAUGCGAUUUAGGGCAUUUCUCAAAUUCGACAACGUUAGCACGGACAAUAAUGUGUUUCGUAUGCAUUACAAAGUGACCGUAAUUAUGUUGUUAGUGUUUACGUUACUAGUCACUUCAAAGCAGUUCUUUGGGGAGCCGAUACACUGCAUGAAUAAUGGCGAAAAAGACACCGAUGCGGAUGCAGUGAACAGUUACUGCUGGAUUUACGGUACAUACACGCUGAGGAGUAAACUUAAAGGCGAAGAAGGUAUUGCUUACUUAGGAGUAGGCCCACCAACAGAAAAUGAUGAACAGAUCAAGCAUACUUACUAUCAGUGGGUGUGCUUUGUGCUCCUCGGUCAGGCAGUCAUGUUUUACAUUCCUCGCUAUAUCUGGAAGAUCUGGGAAGGUGGAAGAUUGAAGGCACUAGCUGCAGAUUUAAGCGGUCCAAUUGUGUCCCAGGAUUGGUUAGAGUGCCGACGGGGGCAGUUGAUUUCUUACCUGACCUACACAAACAUAUACACGCACAGUGCCUAUGCCCUCCGAUAUGCCUUUUGUGAAAUACUCAACCUUGUUAAUGUGGUUGGACAAAUAUUCCUACUGGACGUAUUCCUGGGCGGCGCAUUCCGCAAUUAUGGCGCCACUGUCGCCGUUUUCACUCACACGCCACGCGUUCCGGCGAACAUGAUAGAUUUCGAUAUCGUCAACCCUAUGGACCAAUACUUUCCGAAACUAACAAAAUGUUGGCUCAGGAAGUACGGACCUAGUGGCACUCUGCAAUUCAGAGAUAGACUAUGUGUACUCCCACUAAAUAUUGUUAAUGAAAAAAUAUUUGUUAUUCUCUGGUUUUGGUUGAUAAUAUUAGCUUUUAUUUCUGCACUAGCCGUGUUGUUUCGCUUAUUGGUUUUCUCCGUUCCACCACUACGCACCUUGAUGGUCAUGGGUCAAAUAAGAUAUCCCAACAGAAAAACUAUAUCAAAAGUAAUUAAACGUUUCGGAUAUGGUGACUGGUUUAUACUCUAUUUGUUGGGCAAAAACAUGAACCCCAUUAUAUAUAAAGAAUUGAUUUUAGAGAUUUCAAAGGAAUUAGACCACAAACCAUUUGUGGUUUAAUGUUGCUGUUUAAAUGUGCUAUUUGUGAUCCAAAUUAAGAUAUCCAGUGUUAUAAAGCAGGAGAAUUGUUAUAAUAUAAUGCAUUAUAUUUAAAAGAAUCCAAGCAAGCAAGGACCUCGGUGAGUGAACAAGUUGCUUCCAUUUAUAAAAAUAUUGACACCUAAAUACUUUAAAAAUAUCUAUUAAGAUGUCAAUAUAAUAAAAUCCAUUUAAAAAACCUAAUCCGAUUUCUAUAAAAUCAAGGAUCACUUUAGCUUUUGUUGAUAUUAAAAUAAUUACGAUUGAAGAGUACUUGAUUUUGUCUUCAUCAAAAAUUUAUCUUUAAAGAUUAAAAGAACAUUUUUGUUUUGAAAUACAAAAAUUAGUUAAGUUUGUUAUGUUUAACAAUAAUAGCAAUUAGGAAUUUAGAAAUUACAAGUGUCCUAAGUUUAUCAUUUUUUUGCUUUUUUAAUUUGAUUUUCGUAAUGCAAAAUUAUAAUAUCCUUAUUUGAGAACUAAAAAUAUUUUUAAAGUACUUAUAUUGCUUUAAAUUUUAUUUCUUUCCAUGAAUAUUUGAAUUAUAAAUUAAUAUGUUUUUAUGCUGAUUCAUAAAAAAAUAACUACAAUCCUUUCGCAAUUUGAAAGUAUAAUAUAAGUAGUUAACAUAUUAUUUAAUUUCAUUGUUACUAAUUACAAUAAUGAUUAUGUAUCCAAAGCUGUCAUUUUUUUUUGUCAUUGUAAUUUUUUUAAUGUAUCUGCUACUAACAAUUUAAGUAUUUCAAUAGUAAUUAUAAUUUAUCCUAAGAAAAAACAUGGUUGUGAUUUAAGGCAUUUUUGUAGUUGAAAUAAAGAAUUAUAAGACUUUGUUGGUGCUGUGUUGGUAUCAAUUUGAUACUUAAUCAAAAAAUGCAUAAUGUUAUAAAUACUUAAUAAUAGAAAUAUUGUGCCAUAUUUAAAUAGUUUCCUUAAAUAAUCUUGACUUUUAUUUAAGCUUUUUAUUAUCAACUUAAGAAAUUUGCUACUUAAGCAUUGAC